GGACCGGAAGAGGCGCCUCAACUCUGAGAUGUGACAAAGGAAGUCCCGCCUCUGCCGCGCGACAGACUCCGCGGAUGCCACCGAGCUCUGAGCCGGUCUCGCAGGGGCGGGCAGAUUUGGUUCUGGAGCUGCCAUGAUUGAAGUGGUAGCUGAGCUGAGCCGAGGUCCUGUAUUUCUGGCCGGGGAGGCUCUGGAAUGUGUGGUGACUGUUACUAACCCCCUGCCCCCGACCGCCACUUCUGCAUCCAGUGAGGCUCUGGCCUGGGCCAGUGCCCAGAUCCACUGCCAGUUCCAUGCCAGCGAGAGUCGAGUAGCACUGCCACCCCCUGACUCUAGUCAGCCAGAUGUCCAGCCUGACAGCCAGACUGUCUUCCUGCCUCACCGAGGUGAGAGGGGCCAGUGUAUCCUGUCUACUCCACCAAAAAUUCUGUUCUGUGACCUGAGGCUAGACCCUGGAGAGUCCAAAUCAUACUCCUACAGUGAAGUGCUGCCCACAGAGGGGCCACCUUCCUUUCGGGGUCAGUCGGUCAAGUAUGUCUACAAAUUGACCAUUGGCUGCCAGCGUGUCAACUCACCCAUCACUUUACUCCGAGUCCCUUUGAGAGUUCUCGUGCUGACUGGUCUUCAAGAUGUCCACUUUCCCCAGGAUGAGGCUGUGGCUCCAUCCAGUCCAUUCUUAGAGGAGGACGACAGUGGGAAGAAAGAUUCAUGGCUGGCUGAGCUAGCGGGCGAGCGCCUCAUGGCCGCUACAUCCUGCCGCAGCCUCCAUCUGUAUAAUAUCAGCGAUGGCCGAGGGAAAGUUGGGACAUUUGGUAUCUUCAAAUCUGUGUACAGACUCGGCGAGGACGUGGUGGGGACCUUAAACUUAGGGGAAGGAACUGUAGCUUGUCUGCAGUUUUCAGUAAGCUUACAAACUGAAGAGCGGGUACAGCCUGAAUACCAGCGACGCCGCGGGACCGGAGUUGCCCCUUCUGUGUCUCAUGUGACUCAUGCCCAGCACCAGGAGUCCUGCCUACAUACAACCAGAACCAGCUUCUCUCUCCCCAUCCCUCUAUGCUCUACCCCUGGCUUCUGCACUGCCAUUGUGUCCUUGAAGUGGCGAUUACAUUUUGAAUUUGUAACAUCCCGAGAACCAGGAUUGGUGCUUCUGCCUCCAUUGGAGCAGCCCGAGCCUGCGACCUGGACAGGGCCUGAACAGGUGCCUGUAGACACCUUCAGCUGGGACCUCCCCAUCAAAGUGCUUCCUACAAGCCCCACCCUGGUCUCAUAUGCUGCCCCAGGCCCUAGCACCAGCAGUAUAACUAUCUGAAACUGGCUCGCAUGCCCACCAUGGCAAGAAACUGAGAACUCGA